AUGAUAUCAAAACGUUUGUCUCAAUGUCUCAAUGCCUCAUUACCAAGUGGAUGUCAAUUAAAAGCAUUAGAGACAUAUGAAAUCAUUUUUAAUAGAAUAGGUCAAGAUAAAUUAGCAAAAGAUAUUUCAAUCUAUGCAACGGGAUUAUUCCCAUUAUUUCAUUUAGCAAGUACUGAUGUUAGAUUCAAGAUUAUAACAUUGUAUGAAAAGUACUUUUUACCACUCAACACUAAACUUUCAUCAUGCCUCAAUGGUAUCGUAUCUUCACUCCUUCCUGGACUCGAGGAAGGACAAGGAGAAAUAUACGAAGCAAUUCACAAGUUAUUGGACCAAUUUUGUAGAGCAACCUCAACUACAAUGUUCUUUCAAGCAAUUUGGAAAUCAAUGGUAACAACCCCUUACAAUAGACAAGCUGCUAUCAAUUUCCUUUUAACUCGUUUACCAAAAGAUUUUAAAGAUGAUUCAAAUCAAGUUGUAUAUUUACCAGAAAAAGAUCUUCUUGUUGCACAAGCACUUUCAGAUUCAUUGUGUGAUCAUAAUAUUUUAGUUCAAAGAAAUAUUUUAGAAGUUAUUUCACUUCAUUUUCCAAUUUCUCUAAAAAUAUUUUCAAAUGAAGCAAUUGAAAAUAUAAUUGGUUCAGCAUUACGAGUAGUUGUAAUCAAAGACAUGUCGUUAAAUAGAAGACUUUAUUCUUGGUUAUUAGGACCACAAGAUAAAUCAUCAAUGGUUGAUAUUAAUUAUUUCCUAAAUCAUUCAAAACAAUCAACAAUAUCAUCUAUAAAGAAAUUAUUACAAGUUAAUAAUCAAGAUUUAUUAAUAGCAUUUAAAAUUUUAACCUAUCUAUUUCAAAAAGAGGAAUUUCAAGUGAUUAUUGGAGACAUCUUUUAUGACAUUUUAAAGAUUAUCUACCAAUACAAAGAUGGGUAUACUUUUUCAAAAGACAUUAUUAGACAUUUGGAUGAUCUCUUGGACACUAUCAAUGAUCAACAAGUCAUUUGGGACUAUCUAAUUCAAUUGAUUAGUAAUAUUGGAGAUCGCGAUCAACAAGAAAAUAUCGACAAUGUAAAACUAGUAGAAUGCUUUCUCGAUAUUAUGACAUUGUCGGUCGAGGAGGUACAAAAUAAGCAUCUACCACUCCUCUUGCUAUCAAUGAUAAAGACAAUGAAAAGUGAUAUCUUGUCCAAAAACAAUAAUGGUCUAAUAUUACACUAUACUCAAUUGUCUCUAAAAAUCAUUGGUAAAAUCAUUAUAAACGACAACAACAAUAUCAAUAAUAAUAAUAAUAAUAAUGCUAAUAAUUAUACAUAUCAAUCGAUUGAAACAUAUCAAUCCUAUUUUGUCGAUCUGUAUGACUAUUUGGAUAGAAAUUUAUCACUAUUACAACCACCGACCAAUCAUAUAAUCAAUAAUCCAAUUUCACUUUCAUCAACCAACAACAAUACACUAUCAAAUCCUCUUACUUUUACUCCCAUAUCAUCAUUUGCCUAUAUAACCUCCACCGAUUUGUUUAUUAUACUUGAUCUUUCACUUCAAGUAUUGGUUGGUCUAUUUCAACAAUUCAAAACUUCUCCAACAAGUCCCAUCACAUCUCCAAUAUUGGAAUCUUCUUCACCUCCUAAAUGGUUUAGUCCAAUUUAUAAAUUUUGUUUGAGUGAAAAUCCAUUUAUAUCAUGUUUAACAAUUAAAUCAUUUAUAAAUUUAACAAAUAGACAUGGUAGUAGUGGUGGUCUUGGUAAAAGUUUACAAAAUAUUAUAACGAUUCAACAUUUAACAGAGUUGUCAAAAAAGCUUUGGAGUUUGUUGGAUCCAAACAAUUGUGCUGUACAUUAUAAAGUGGCUACAUUAUUCCUUUCUCUUCGAGAGAUUAAUGAAUCUGCCUGUGCAAAAGUAAUUGCAGAGGCAAUGUCAGAUAGCAAUCUCAAUACUCGUAUAGAGGGAUAUCAAAAGUUUGCAUUAUUUUGGCGUUUGACUGGUGAACUUGGUACCAAUACAUUACCAUUCUCAAAUACACUCUUUCUUAUGCUAGAUAGUUUGAAUCAUGAACAACCAAUCAUUCGAUUGACAGGUCAUACAUGGUUGGCCGAUAGUAUUAGCAAAGCAGAACGUAUUUUGGAUCCACUACUCAAAAUCCUACUCGACAAAUCGACUGUUAGAUUUAAUAACUUUUACCAAUCGUUUUAUGAUACCAGAAGAGUUAUUUAUGCAUUCAAGAUUUUCAAAUCAAUCAUUGAAUGCGAUUUUAAACUCUUUAUCCAACAUGUCAUUGAAAAGCCAAUCUCUAAAGAUAUUCUUCAACUCAAUGAACUACAAACACUAUCGUAUAGAGAAUCACCAAAGUCAUAUAGCAGUGUAAAUCCUCACAACAAUGAUGAUUUAUUAUCAAGCCCAUCUCCAUUGGGAGGUGAUAAUACCUAUCUUUCAUUUUCAUCAGUUCACCCACCUGCCCAAUCAAUUUCCGCCGCCGCCACCACCACUGAAACAUCGUCAGAUUUUCUAUUCAUUCCAACCAAUUAUUAUAUUGAUUUGUUGGUUGUAGUUGCAUUAAGAUUUAUUCAAGGACAAGUAUCAACAACCUUUGACAAGUCAACACCAGAUGGAGAAUCUUUUGUUUCGCAAAAUGACACUGUACAAAUUUGUGCAGCCGAAUUUCUUCAAUAUCUACUUUCACAGACUUCAAUGCAACACAGCAAAGCAUUGGAAAUUGCAAACAACAUUCAAGAACCAAUCCUCCAAACUCUUGCCCAAGCAGUAUCUUCAUCAAAUAUGGUAUUACAAGUUCAUCUUUUAUCUCUUUUGAGAUCAAUCGUUUUGAUUGAUAGUUCUUCUUCAUUACAACAACAGCAACAACAACAACAACAUACUCCAUCAAUGUUACAACAAUCAAAUUAUUCAUCUGGUGGUUCUUCACCUCUUCCACAACCAUCACCAUAUCUUGACAAUAAUGGAUUUGGAAGUACAUCAUUGUCUUCAAUUACUCAAUCUCCAAUGUUCUUGCAGACAACUGUUGUGGGUCUUAUUCAACCAUCGACAAGAUUUAAUAUUAGAUUCUAUUGGUUGGAUUUUAUCACUUUUUGUCUCCCUAGAAUGGUUCAUUCAGCUCAACUACCAAAUGCUGUCAUUACCAUUGUAAAUUGUCUAAGAGAUCUCAUAUCCUCUUUUGACCCAAGAUCACUUUAUGAUAGUCUAACAUCUAGAGAUAUUAUCGUUUUAUUGAAAAGUUUGACAUUUAUUUUUAAAUUUUCAAUUUUAGAACCUCUUACUCCAUUUGAUAAAAUAAACCAAGAAGAACAACAAAUUAAUAGAGGAGGAGCAUUGGGAGGUGUUAGAAUACUUACAGAUUUUGUAAAAGAUGUAUUUACAAGUGAAAUUGACCAAUCCAUAUCCCUUACACCAAUUGGAAAAGUUAGAGAUGACAUUUUUCAUGAUUUACCUGCCAUUAUCUCGCCUCUAUUAAAAAUAUGGGGUCCUCCAAAAUCAACUUUAUCAAAAAUUUCAAUAUCAACUGAUGUAUCAUCAGAUACACAUAACAAAUAUGCGAUUCAAGAUUUGGUUAUUCAUAUUUUAGACCCAUUAAUGUCAAAAUACCCAACACAAUUUAUUGGAGCGAUUGUAGAGUUGUGGCAAAGAUCAUUAAAUUCGUCCAUGUCGUCAUCAUUCCCUUCGAUGGAGGACCAAGGAAUAAUGACUCGUAAAGUAAUCAUGGAGAUUGUAUUUAGUUUGGAAUCGGUACGAGAGGAAACUCUAUUGGGUGCCUCUUCUCAUAUCCUUGCAAGUCUUCAUGCUCAAGAAAGAAUGAAACCACACAAAUCAAUCAUUCACAAGAUUACCAUGAAAGAGAGUGCUCUGUAUGACUUUAUCUAUAGAUAUAUUGAAGAGUAUUCAUCGACAUUUGAGAUGAUCUCGUCACACUUUUUGGCCGUUGUUAGAGAAUCUACUCAUUCCUCAAAUCCAAUGUCAUUUGUAUCACAACUUCAAAUAUUAAACAUCUACACUAAAAAGACAUUGCCCGAAGAGAAAUCCAAAAAUAGUUUCAAGUAUCGCAACAACAAGAGAGACUUGCAAGAUAUUAUACCAAAGAUUGUAGAGGCUUGUUUUAUGAUUUCUGGAAAAUCAUUCAACGAUAUCUCUGCAAUGUAUAUACCUCCUGCCAUUAAUGGAAAUCAACAAUCCACUCCUCAGGAAUCCUAUGUAUCUACUACUCCAACUUCUUCAAGACCAACAUCAAUGGAUAUGAGAUCAAUUAGUAUCUCUUCUGGUAGUAGUGGUGGUGGUGGUGGUAGUAAUACGAAUGAAUAUACAUAUGCCUCUACAACUAUUAGUGAAGAAAAUAAUCAACAACAACAACAACAACAAUCACAAUCCCAACAAUUAACACCACAACAACUAACACCACAAUCACAAAAGAUUAGAACUUUGUCAUCAGGUGAAGAUGGAGCUAUUCCUCGUUUUGGUAAUCUUAAAAAAGAAGCAAGUAGACUAAAGACUCAAGUUAGUCUUAAAUCAUUGGUACAUUUAUCAACAACACUUGCCUCACUCUUGGAUUCAAUCUUUGAUGAUAAAGAAAGAAUUGCCACUUUACUUGCCAAUACUCUUCAUAAUGUUGUUCCCUAUAUUAAAUCUAAAAUUGAUAUAAAUAGAGAGAAUACAUAUUAUGCAAUUUGUUUAUUCUCUUCAUUGGCUGAAUUUUCAUACAAUAUAAAGUCGAUUAGAAAGGAUGCAUUGGAACUCUUUAAUGACCAUGAUUUCUUUAAAGCAGAUAUAAAGACUUUGGAACAAACUGGAAAAAUUAUUAAUCAAGUAAUGGUUCAUGAUAAAACUGCUUUAUCUGAUUUUAUGAAAAAUAUAGGUAAAUCAUGGACUGCAGUUUCAACCAUGUUUGUCAAUAGGGAAACUGAAAAUAUGAAUAGAUCCAAACAAUUGAAAAGAUUAUCGUAUAUCAUUUGGUGUGGUAGUGAAAAUCAAUAUCUAUCGAUUAUGCCAGCAAUUCAAGAAAAAAUUGUUGAGUCUUUGAGAAUACCAAACUCUACUGUACUCCAUUUACAAGUAUUCCUUCUCCUCAGAGUACUUUUACUUAGAAUAUCUCAUCAAAACCUUAGAUCUUUUUGGCCAAUCAUUUUAUCAGAAUUGAUUGAUAUUUUAUCGCAUCCAAGUGACAAUGGAGAACUUGUAUUGUCGGCAUGUAAAUUUUUAGAUUUGGCAUUAACCAUUCCCACCAUUACCGAGCAGUUUAACCUCUUUGAAUGGGUUUUUAUCAAGGAUUGUUUUGUAUCAAAUCAAAAUGAUGCCCCUUUUAAACCACUUGUGGACCAAAUCUCUUCACAUACAGCAAUGGUCGAUCAUGAAAUCCUAGACACCACUUGUUCCAAAAUUCCAAUCCUCACGUCGUCUGGAAUCGUCGAAAUUGACUAUCAUCCUCAUCAGUUGCCUACACCAUCACCGUUAUUACAACCCUCAAGACAUUCUGUAAACGCGGUUGGUGGAUUAGCCAAUAGCAGCAAUAGUAGUUUUACCAACUCAAAUUUCAACUCUUCUUUGCUCAGACCUUGUAUUAUGAUUAAAUCCAUUCAAGACCUACCAAAUGGAUACUCUGACUUUAAAUUGUUCCUCUCUAGAUUCUCAUCAUCAAUCUACAAGAGACACAUGAGAUCGUCACAGAUUGAUUAUCAAUUCAUAAAUGAAAUGAUAUGUCUCGAUUUUUGUGAAAUUGAUUCAAACAAAUUAACUUCAAUUCUACUUUCAUCAACUUCAAUCAAUGAUUUUGGUUCAAUACUUUUAUCUAUUCAUCAACAACAACAACAAUUACAACAAUUACAACAACAACAAUUACAACAACAACAACAACAACAAAAUGAAACAGCCGCCUCGACAACGUGGACAAGAGGUAACGGAAAUCAACAACAACAACAACAACAACAAAACCAAUCUGGUGGAAACAAUGGUGGCAACAAAUCACCAUCAUUUCUAUCAACAAGAAGAAUAACCAAUUCCAAUUCACAACAACAAUCAAUUAUUGAUGAUAUUCCAACAACCACCACUGCCACUACUGUAUCAACUCCAACAAAAAGCUCUAUUACUACUACUGAUCCUAGCAUUAAUGAAAAUGCUACCAACAACAACAAUAAUGAUCAUGAUGAUGGUGAAGUAGAUGAUGAAGAAAUUGAGCAUUUAUUAUUAAGUGCCACCAUCGAUGAUACCAAUCAAUAA